AAGAUCAAGAUUAGAAGUCAUCAUCAGCAGCAAGACAAACAUGGCGGCGGGAGGGGAGGAUCAGCUGUCAAACCACCUGACGAAGACUGACGAUAACAGCCUUCUCAAGCAGUUAGAGCUGCAGCUGGAGGAGCUGGACGAUGAGGAGUUCCAGCUGCCGCCAGUGGGUGAGCUGCCCACACUGGAGAGCAUCUUGAGGGAGGAGGAGCCCGGCAGUGUGUCCGAGGAUGACCUGGACCUCACCCACCCCACGCCGCCCCAGCCAAAGAGUUCCUUCUCCACGGAGGGCGGCGACACUCUAUCAGUGCACUCCCGCGGCAGUUCGGAGAGCCGCAGCCGCACUUCCUCUAGUGAACGGCACAGUGCUGGGGGCGGUAGGGGCCGGCGGGAACCCCAGAGCAGAACACAUGGCUCUAUUCUGCGGCACGUUAUUCUCAAGGGUGUGGCGUCCCAGCUGGUGUCUGCCCAUGACCGAGUGGGAGCAGGGCUACCAACGACCAUGGCUGUGGGUCUGGUGAUCUGUAUAGGCACCAGUCAUGGUUUAAUCCUGGUCUUUGAACCCACACAGGCGCUCAAAUGCUGUCUUGGCUCCACACAGCAUGGGGAACAGUUUGGGGCAGUGUCAGCACUGGCCCUCAACCCUGACUGCACGAGGCUGCUGGCAGGGUUCGCUAAGGGUCAAAUCUGCCUCUUUGACCUGACCUCCAGUAAGCUGCUGCAGACCAUCUCAGAUGCACAUACUCCCUUCACAGCUGUACUGCAUCUAAAGUGGACGGACUACCCUGGUGUGGCGGUGAUCAGCGACAGCGGUGGCUCGGUGUUUGAGUUGUCGGUGAAGCGCACGAUGGGCCUCAACUCUAAUGAAUCGCGGUGCAUCUUCUCCGGCAGCCGAGGGGAAGUGUGCACCAUCGAGCCACUCCUCAUGUCACAGUUCAGAGCCACGCCAUCAGUGGAGACCGUUAUCCUGGCCAUGGCAACAAUAUCCAAGGUCAUUGUUGUGUCACUGAGGCCGCAGCUGAAGGUCCUGUUCUCACAUCCUCUGAAGGCUUCACCGGCCACACUGCCUCUCCUCGCAUGGCAGUUUGUGGUGAUCCAGAUGUCCGACGGCACCAGAGUUAUUGAUCCUGUGCUGGCGUUUGGCAGGGAGCACUCCAUCUAUUUCUAUCAGGUCACCCACGGAAGCCAGGAGGAGCUGCAGUUUGUGGCGCUGCAGAAGAUGUCCUUACCUUACGUAGUGCAGGGUCUGGCUUGGCUCAACACACGAACGCUGGCCCUCAUGGAUGCCAGGGAGAGGCUGCAUGUGGUGGACGUCAAGACACAGGAGGAGCUGGAGCGUCUUGACUUGGCCCCUCUUGGUCUGGUCUAUGCCUCACCACAGUUCAAGGCCAUAGCCACUGGGGGGAAUGUCAGCAAGGCAAUGGCCUUGGCGGGGGAGCGGGCAUGCUACCACUCCAUGGUGAGCUGUGGGUCACAGGUGCUGCUGCUGGGGACCAAGUCAUUCCAGGUGGUAACAGUGCGUUCAUGGGUAGACCGGCUGGACCACCUGGUGAGGACGGGCCACAUGCAGGAGGCGCUGCAGCUGGCCCUCGACAUCUACCAGGACAAGGCACAGGCCAUCGUGGGACUCAAGCACCGCAAGGAGAGGAGGCAACAGCUGGUGCAGGACAAGAUCAAUGAGCUGCUGGGUCAGUACCUGGACUCAGCACUGGACAGUGUGCCGGAGCGUGGCAACCUGACAGCUUUGACGCAGCACUACACGCAGCUGGUGCCGCUGUGUGUGCGUGUGGCAGUGGGGGCCGGCCUCAGAGACAUGUUGUUUGGACGCAUCUGGGACACCUUCAGUGAGGAUGCCAUCUCCAAGGGCAUCUUCCUGGAGGCGUUGGAGCCAUACAUCCUGAAUGACCAGCUGGCAGAGAUGUCACCGAGCAUCAGUCAGUGCCUGCUGUCGCACCAGGAGGCGUGUGGGCGGCUGCAAGCUGCGGAGGCCUGCAUCGUGCACCUGUCCGUGCCAUCACUGGACCUGCACCAGGCCAUGACGCUGUGCUGGGCCCACGGCCUCUACGAUGCCAUCUUCUACAUCUACACCCGCGGCAUGGGGGACUUUGUCACGCCGCUGGAGGAGCUGGUGACAGAGCUGCGGGGCGCCCUGGAUAUUGGCCAGGCCCUGCAGGAUGGCCAGGUCACGCUGGGCAACAAGAUCCUGGUGUAUGUGUCGUGCUGCCUGGCGGGCCGGGCCUACCCACACGGCGAGAUAAGCCCACAGCAGCUCAAGCAGGUGAAGCACGAGAUCUUCAAGUCCCUGACCUGCCUGCACUCCAAGAACGCACAGCCCACGGAGCCGUCCUUCCCUCUGCUGCGCACACUGCUGCGCUUCGACACACGGGAGUUCCUCAAUGUGCUGGCGCUGGCCUUCGAGGAGGAGGAAUUCACGUCUGAGCUGGGCAUGCAGCAGCGGCAGCGGGUGGUGGACAUUCUCAUCCAGGUGAUGGUCAACGACAGGGAGUUUGGCCCCACGCAGCUCGGCUCACUCUUCACCUUCAUUGCUCGCCAGAUGUCCAAGCAGCACGACGCCAUUGCCAUCAACAGACAGCUCUUUGACCAGGUCCUGUGCCACCUCACCUCCUCGGACACUGGGAGUUACCGCGACGAGAGACAGACUGCCUUACUUGAGCUGCUUCAGGGCGGCGGCAUGGCUCACUACGACCCUGAGUACCUGUUGAAGAGAGCACGGGAGGCAGAGUUUUACCGCGUGUGUGAGUACGUGUAUGAGGAGCGCGGAGAGCUGGAGAAGAUAAUGGAGUGUUAUUUGGACGACAAGAUGCGCCGCCACCAAGUCUUCUCCUACAUACGCUCUGUGCUGUCUUCCUCUCACUUCACAGACCUACACGCCCAGAAGAUCCAGGAGCAGUUUGUUAAGCAUGUCAAGGUGACUCUCUCUCUCUCUCUCUCUCUCACUGCCAGCCUGCUCCUGACAGUAAGCCAGCUGAGCCCUCUACUGCCCUCCAUCACUGACGAGUUGCGAGAAGACACCGACAGCCUCUUCACACUCCUACACGCCCUCUUUACAUAUAGGUGGACCCACACAUCCCCGGGGAGCCGCGGCGUGGACUCUGGUGAUGGACCACUCACCUCAGAGCUGCAGGAGGAGUACAUUGACCUGAUGUGUACCGUGCAGCCCACCCAAGUGUAUGCCUAUCUCAAGGGCGCUGAGGGAUACCGACUGGAGCAGACUUUGGAGAUCUGCAGGCGACACAAGCAGCAGGAGUCAACAGCCUUCCUACUGGAGAGGGCUGGGGACAUCGCUGGGGCCUUUGACAUCCUCCUGGGCAUCCUCAAGACUAGAGUGGAUGAUCUGCUGGUGCGAGUGAGGGGUGGCGAGGACAUCAUCAACACCCUGGGACACGUGCAGGCCCAGGUGGUGAAGCUGGUGCGUGUGUGCCAGCUGGGGUCUGCACAGCUGGAGGAGAGCGGCCGGCGAGAGCUGUGGUUCCCUCUGCUGGACAUGUUACUGGCCACCCAAUCCACCCUGGCCUCGCACCAACACGCUGCACAUGAGAUGCGUCAGAUGGUGGGGCACGUGGUGAACAGCAUGAUGACGCACAUUUCCCUGCCGGCCAUCCUGGAGAGGGUGAUGCAGGACCCAAGCUACUGCGACGGCAACUUUGCUCAGAUCAAACACCUACUCAAGGGUAUGGUGGAGCGUUACAUAUAUGAGGAGACGUUGUAUGCCACAGUGGUGCGCAUCCUGGCAGGGGAACAGCUGUGCUACCUCACCCAGCAGCACAGCCAAGCACGCUCCCCCCUCGUGGUGCACUCCCCAUCCUGUGCCCUCUGUCACAGCUCCUACCAUCCCUCCAGUAGAGCUGUUGUGCAUAGCUGCGGCCACAGUUACCACACACACUGUGGCGGCGAGUCUGUGAACUGUGUGAUGUGUACAGGAGGAGGACAGCGGGAGGUGGCCACAGAGGAGCCACAGAACACUGAACCAGUGCCACAGUCUGCGGCUGGCUUAGACAAGACCCAACUGGAGGGAAUAAGGCGUGUGAGGGUCCAGGGCUCAGGAGGUUCACGGCUACAGUUUCUAGAGGACCUUUCAGCGCCGAGGAAGGGAGACGCUGCCACCCCCACCUCCCCUAUCAGGAGCUCCGGGUCUGUCUCCACCUCCCAAGACAUCUGGUUGUCUCAGAACUUUGCACUGAAACUCACUCCUCCUACUUUGGAUUUCAGUGAUCAAGAGGUGCUAUAGAGUGUGUGUGUGUGUGUGUGUGUGUGUGUGUGUGUGUGUGUGUGUGUGUGUGUGUGUGAAAGAGAUUAAGAGGUCUGUUUUUUCUUUUCCUGUUAUUAGUUUCUGUGCUAUAGAUUGUGUGUGUGUGUGUGUGUGUGUGAGAGAGAGAGAGAGAGAGAGAGAGAGAGAGAGAGAUUUAGCCUAAUCUUACUCCCUUUCAGCCAUCAAAUGCUAAAGACUUUAUGUAUGUGUAUGUUAUGAGAGAGAGAGAGAGAGAGAGAGAGAGAGAGAGAGAGAGAGAGAGAGAGAGAGAGAGAGGUAGACAAAAAGACAAACAGAUAGAUAGACAGAGUGCAGCAUACCAAACCUAACCUAACCUAACCUUAUCUUCCCUAAUAUAAAAGAUUAAAGACAUUUCUGAGAGGCUAAGUAACACACUCGAGGCACCUCCUGUGUGUGUGUGUGUGUGUGUGUGUGUGUGUGUGUGUGUGUGUGUGUGUGUGUGUGUGUGUGUGUUUAGGUUGUGAUUUACAUGGUUGGUGACUAAGAUUAAUGAAAGAUCGACAUAAUUAGUGACAGUUCAACAAAAUAGGGAAAAAUUUUUACUGGUGUUGAAAUGGACUGAUUAACGGAAUGAUUCUUUGACUGCUAAUGAAUAAGGAAUUAAUGGAAGUGAUUGAAUGUAAAGGGUCUGUGAAAUGCCAGUUAUACCAGUUGAGUUUAAGAUUGCCAACACUCCCACUGCAAAAAGAAAUAAGAAAAGAAAAGAUAUUGAUAAGAGAAAUCUACUUAGUGACUGCAGACUGAUGAAAAAAUAAAAGUGAUAGAAUACAAGAACAUUUUGAAAUACCAACCAAAAAACAAGAGUUAAAUGAGACAAAAAAAAAUAUACAUGAUAAAAAUUGUGAUUGAAUGUAAGAAAAAAUUUGAAAUCAAUGAAAAAUAAUAAAUAAAACUGAGCAAAUAAAAACAAGCGGAAAAUCUGAACCAAACAUUACAAUACCAAAAAAAAAAAUAAAUAAAUAAAUAAGAUGAUGAUAAAUAAAACAAAAUAAAUAAAAAGUAGAUGAAAUAAAAAGAUACCAAACCACAAAUUUCGUCAAGCAAAAUUUAGCUCCGAUAGGUGAAAAAAAUACAAACACACACAAAUACUCACUUUAACAAAAUACCAAAGCUUUCUAUAUACACUGUGCCAGGUUGUACAGCUGGGUGUGGAGAGAAUUAUGUAUUACUCCUUCACUUUA